AUGGAAGAGGACCAGGAGCUGCAGAGAAAAAUAUCUGGAUUGAAGACCUCAAUGACUGAAGGUGAGAGGAAGACAGCCCUAGAAAUGGUCCAAGCAACUGGAACAGAUAGACACUGUGUGACAUUUGUAUUGCACGAGGAAGACCAUACCCUAGGAAAUUCUCUACAUUACAUGAUCAUGAAGAACCCAGAAGUGGAAUUUUGUGGUUACACUACUACCCAUCCUUCAGAGAGCAAAAUUAAUUUACGCAUUCAGACUAGAGGUACCCUUCCAGGUGUUGAGCCAUUUCAGAGAGGCCUGAAUGAACUCAUGAAUGUCUGCCAACAUGUGCUUGACAAGUUUGAGGCCAGCAUAAAGGACUAUAAGGAUCAAAAAGCAAGCAGAAAUGAAUCCACAUUCUAGUCCCUUAUGCAGUAUACAAGGAGAACUGUCCUCUAGGAUAUUCUCUUCCUGAUG